UCUUCACUCCAACCAUGAAAUUCCCCAAAAUCCAUAACCUGCAGUUUAUUGCUGUGGUAGCUACACUAGAUGGCAUGCUCUUCGGCUUCGACAUUUCCUCCAUGUCUGCCAUUAUCCUCACAGGCCAAUACAGAGACUUCUUCAACAAUCCCAGUGGAGAGCCAUUGGGUCUUCGCUUGCUGCUGGCUCUGUGUUUGGAUCAGCGAUCGCUGGACCUUUUCGAUUGGAUCGGAAGGAGGAAUUCGAUUUUUGAUAGCUGCUUUAUUUGGAUUGCGGGUACGGUGUUGCAGACGGCUACUAAUGGGUUCGGGAUGCUGGUUGCGGGAGGGUGCUUAAUGGUUCCCGCAUAUCUGGCCGAGAUUUCUCGUAAAGAAAAGCGUGGCUCGCUCAUCAUCAUCCAACAAUUGGCCAUCGAGGUUGGAAUCUUGGUGAUGUACUUCUUGGGCUAUGGCUGCACCUUUAUCGACGGUCCUGCUUCUUUCCGUACCGCUUGGAGUAUGCAGUUUGUCCCCUGCUUCUUUUUGAUGAUUGGCCUACCCUUCCUGCCUGAGUCUCCAAGAUGGCUCGCAAAGGUAGAUCGAUCGGAGGAAGCUAUUCAGACAUUGGCAGAUAUCCAGGCUGGAGGCAACGUGGAUGACCCUACUGUCGUCGCUGAAUGGGAAGAGAUCACGACAACGCUGGCUGCCGGACGCUCUGCUCUUCCUGGUUGGCGCAAAUUCGUAUACAACAACAUGUGGAAGCGAACGCUCACAGGCUUCUCCGUUCAGAUAUGGCAGCAAAACUCAGGUGCAAACGUGAUGACCUGUUAUGUCGUGUAUAUUUUCAGCAUGGCCGGCCUAUCGAACAAUGUCAACCUGAUCUCCAGCGGCGUACAAUACGCUAUUUUCAUCGUGGGUACCGCUAUCAUGUUCUUCUACGUCGAUAAAGUUGGCAGGAGACCAUUGUUGAUCUACGGCGCCAUCGCCAUGGGCAUAUGCCAUUUCGUCGUCGGCGGUGUGCUCAGUACUGGUACCUAUAUUCCCGAUGGCGUGGAUGGCAAUCCAAACAUCAAGAUCCGGGUAGGGGGAUCUGCUGGAAACACAGUCAUUGCCUUUUGCUGUUUGCUUAUUCUCCUUUGUUCCAUGACGUUAGCACCAGUGUGCUGGAUUUACGCGGCUGAGGUGUGGUCGUUGGAGACCAGAGCAACCGGCAUGGGUGUUGCAGCCAUUGGAAACUGGCUUUUCAACUUUGCAUUGGGCAUGUACAUUCCUCUUGGUUUUCAGAACAUUACAUGGAGAAUAUUCAUCAUCUUUGGUGUCAUGUGCUUCCUAGGAGCAGCACAGUUCUUCCUUACGUUUCCAGAGACAUCUGGGAAAACGCUUGAAGAGAUUGAGCUUCUCUUCUCAGGCGAGAUCAAGCCAUGGAAGACGAAGCCUGGUCAUUCCAAGCUGGACGAAAUGAUCAACCAAGCCAGAGACAAUCAUUUCACGAUUGCCGAAAAGCACAAACUUGGACAUCAUGAGCACGUCGAAGUGGUGGGUGACGAGAAGGUC